GAAGGAACGAAGCUAGUUACUAUUACUCUUCCAGUUCUCCUCUUCUAUUCAGAAACUGUUAAGCCUUUUUUUUUCUUCUUGUUUUUUCUUUAUCAAGUGACACAUUCAUACGUAUUGGGGUUAUUGCUUUGGAGAAAAUUGAUUUGAAGCUCUCUUGAUCACCUGAUACAUAGAGAAAAGGAGCUAGCAGUUCAAGAGUUCUGUCUUGGAAGCUGAAAGUGAUGACUCCAUCUUAGAAGGUGACUGUGAUGAUCACUCAUGACUGCAGGCAGUGGGAAAGAACACCAGGGGAGAAGAAAUGACUGUUAACCAAAGGGCAAUUCAUUGAAGAUAGGGCCGGCUUGAUUCAGAUUUCCAGGCUCAUCACUUCUUGCUCUCUGUAUAUUCAAAGCUACAACAAUGGACAUUGUUGUUGGAGCCAUCAGUGAAUUGAUUAAAGUAGUGGUGUAAGAUUGGCUAUUGAAAGUGAAUCAAACAGAGUCUGUGGAGAAAGAAUUAGAAGAGAGCAGAGGAUGCCUCCAACAGGAUUGCUCUAUCAAGUAGGAAAAGAUGAAAAACACAUGCUUGACGAAGUUAAAGUUCUCCUAAAUGAAGGCCAAACAUUUACUGUUGUGUCAGAUCCUUCUCUGCAAAGUACCAGCAGCUUAGAGUUCAUGCUUAUCUCUAAUGACCUUAGAAACCAAAUGGCAAGGCUUAGAGAACUAAAAGAGGAUGUACAAUACACUGUGGAUGAAGCUCGAAUGAGAGGAAAAGAGAUAAAGGUAGUGGUGGAAGAUUGGUUAACAAGAGUGAAUCAAAUACAGUCUGAGGAAAUGACAUUGCAUAAUGCAUUGGAAGAGAGCAAGGGAUCUUUUCAAAGAGGUAAGAAAGUUGCAGAAGAGAGCAACACAUCUUUUCAAGCAGGGAAAGAUGUAAAGAACAUGACUGAAGGCCCACAAUUCAGUGCUACUAUGUCAAACCCUUCUCCACUUCCUCCCAUCCUAGAAUCCAUGGAAAUGUUAGAUUUCCAAAUUUAUGACUCUGCCAAAUCAGCCAUGGACCAAAUCAUGGAGGCUUUGAAAGAUGAGAAUAAGAACAUAGUUGGUGCAUAUGGGAUAGGAGGAAUUGGAAAGACAACCUUGAUGAAAGAAGUGGCUAAAUUUUUGAAAAAAGAUGGGCUUUUUGAUCAGGUUGUGAUGGUAACUGUGUCUCAAAACUGGGUCUUGAAGAAUAUCCAAGGAAAAAUUGCAGAGAACUUGCAGCUGGAGCUUGAAGAAGAGCAGCUUUCUAUGAGAGCAAGAAUAUUAUCUAAGAGAUUGAAGAAGGAGAAGAGAAUCCUCAUAGUCUUAGAUGAUUUAUGGAAGCCACUAAAUUUAGAAGAUGAGGUAGGAAUUCCUUGUGGAAACAACUGCAAAGUAAUUCUCACGACAAGACAUCUUCAAGUGUGUAAUCAAAUGAAAACCCAAUUCAAUGUUGAAGUGAAAGUUCUAUCAGAAGGAGAUGCAUGGGUUCUAUUCAAAUGGGCUGCUGGAGUUCAUAUAGAGAACCGCAAUAUGCUGCGUGCACUGGGAAAGGAAAUUGUUGGAGAAUGCAUGGGUUUGCCUUUGGCAAUUAUCACAGUUGGAAAGGCACUGCGAGGUAAGGACCCAUCUGUGUGGAAAGAUGCAGCUAGCCAACUCAAGAAGUCAAGCUCAUCACCAUCGGAUAUUAAAGGUGUGCAUGAAAAAGUUUUCCAGUGCAUAAAAUUGAGCUACGACUCUCUUGGUAACGAAGCUACCAAAUUUUGCUUCUUGCUUUGUUGUAUGUUUCCUCGAGACAUGCCUAUUUCUGAGGAUGAUUUGCUUCCUUAUGUGGUGGGGGAGAGGGUAUUUGGAGAUAAUGAUAGCCUUAAGGAAGUGAGGAAUAAGUUGCAAAUGCAUAUAGAAGGACUCAAAGGAUCGUGUUUAUUAUUAGAUGACAGUGAAAGGAUGAAAGGCUGCAUAAGGAUGCAUGAUAUUAUUCGAGAUGUGUCCAUAUGGACUGCAUCAAAAGGAUGCCAUGGUUUUUUUGUAAAAUCUGGUAGAGGAUUGACAUAUUUGCUAGAACAUAAGGAGAACCUAAGAAAAUGCAAGCGACUUUCACUAAUGCAAAAUGAAAUUACUGUACUCCCCAAUCGACUUGGUUGUUCUGAUCAGCUUAUGACCUUAUCCUUAAGUGACAAUACUAAUUUGAGAGAAAUCCCAGAUGGAAUCUUUAAAAGGAUGACAUCAUUGAAGACUCUAGAUCUGGGAAGAACAAAAAUCUCUUUGAUACCAUCUUCAUUGUCAAGCUUAACAGACCUUCGAGUGCUGCGUAUUAGUGGAAGUCAAAGGACUUUUUAUGUCUCAGUGCUUGGGAAGUUGAAGAAACUUGAAAUACUUCACAUAACUGAUUGCAAUGUAAGAAGAUUGACAGAAGAAAUAGGAGAGCUUACAAAUCUAAAGUCAUUGGAUUUGUCAGGUAAUUGGGGCUUGAUUAUUGCCCCAAAUACUCUAUCAAGGUUGUCUCUCUUAGAAGAACUCAAUCUUAAGGGUAGCUUUCAUGAGUGGGAGAUCGAUGAAAGAUCAGAAGAAGAAGAGGAAGAAGAAGAAGAAGAAGAAGGCAGGACAUUAAACAAGAAGGCAUGCUUAUCUGAGGUUGCAUCUUUAUCUGCUUUGACUCAUCUAAAGAUAAGGGUAUCAAAUGUCAAAAGUUUAUGGGCAACUAAUAUCCCAUUAUGCUGGGAAAAUCUGACACAGUUCUCAAUAAUUUUGGGAGAUGAUUGGGUAAGUUCUCCUGUUUCUAAGUGUGCCACUCAAGUGCAUAUUUCUGGAUCCAUCCCUCCAUUUUCAAAAUGGAUGAUCUUUUUGUUGGAACGAUUGGAAGGGCUAAUGCUAAACCAGUGUCAUGAUGUUAAGUAUGUUCACAUUCUAAGCCAUGGUGCUAGUGUUUUUAAUAACAUUCGGGUUCUCCAUGUUAGAAAAUGUGGUGAUGUGGAAUAUAUUUUGAGUAGUACUACUACUACUACUGUUGAAGUUGAUGAGGCCGAAGAUCAUCUUCGUCAUGGUCAAGAAGUUCUGCAAAAUAUCACAAUAAUUAGCAAUUUGGAAAAGCUAUACUUGCAUUCUCUGCCAAAAUUGAAGGCAAUCUGCCAUUUUAGAGGAGGAUAUAGCUUCUUCUUCAACAACUUAAGAUUUCUAGAUGUAUUUGAUUGUCCGGGUCUCAUUAGUAUCAUACCCUCUGAUCUACUGGCAAUGCUAUCAAAUUUAGAAGAACUUGUGGUAAAGUUAUGUUAUGGGGCCACUGAGGUAUUCAGAGUAGGGAAUCUGCAAGCUACAACAAUAUUGAAGAAACUAAAACGAUUGGAUCUACAAUAUCUUCGUUCUCUAAGGACCAUAUGGAAGGGCAUUGUUUCCCCUUUCUUAAGCCUGAUGAACCUAGAGGAGAUACAUGUGAAACGAUUGGACAACUUGAAUUUCAUGUUCUCAGUAGCAAUUGUGGAGAAGCUUCAACAACUAAAGCGGCUUGAGAUUCGGGAGUGUCCCAAAAUGGUGCAAAUAAUCUCAUUAAUAAGAAGCCAAGCACUACUGCCAAGCACUCAUCCAAUUCUUGGCAACCUGAGGAGCCUAGGCAUAUAUGAAUGUGAUAGCUUGAAGCACAUCCUACCAAUGAGUUUGGCUCAAGGUCUUCUACAACUAGAAGAAUUGGAUAUAAGUGAUUGCUCUAAUCUGGAGGAAAUAAUAUUUGUGGAUGAUGGAAAGGAGGAGGAUGAGGAGAAGACUAAGGUAUUAUUGUUUCCUCGACUAAGGUGUCUAAAGUUAGUUGGCUUACCAAAUCUCUCGAUGGCUAGCAAACGGGUGUUAAGAGGCAACCAUGACUGUUAUUGUUACUGGCCUUCACUGGAAAUGCUAAAAGUUCUGAGAUGCCACAAGUUGAAAAAGUUCCCUGUGAUUCCACAGACGAUGACCCCAACAAAACUGAGGGAAAUUGAGGUAGAAGAAGAAUGGUUCAAUGAGUUGGAAUGGGAUGAUGACCAAAUUGAUUACAAGUUGUACCUACAAGAAAGAGUCAAGGCUCAAAGAGGUCCAUCCAACAGGCCGGUUAUAUUUUGAGAAGCCACAGAAGACCUCCAGAUGAUCACUAAGCAACAAUGGUGGCUCCUUCGAUAGAGAUGGAUGAAAAUUAGCAGCUUCAUGGCCUGAGUUUGUUGGACAAUUUAAUCACAUGUGCAUAGAACCUCAAAGUGGCUUAUUCUUUUGGGUUUAAUUAUGAUUUUUUUUACCA